GCAUUACAAAGCAAAGCCCACAAACAAGUCACAAUCGCAAAAGCGAACCGCCACCCGUUCCAACGACACCGAACAGGGAGCAGCUCCUAACGCUAGAAGAAGGUAGGCAGAUCAAGCUGGGCUUCUCCAGCGAUCGGAGCUAAGAAGAGGCUGCCCCGAUAGGUACAACUCAUGCAUCGGCGAGCCCGCGCUACUCGAAGCCGCACUCUCUGGCCAAGCCCCAUCUAAGUUCAUCACAUCACAUCCACCGCCGCCAGGCGAGGGCUCCAAAGGCAACACCUCUAAGGAGGUUACGACGUCUGAAGCUGCCACGUUGCCUGGUGUCAAUUCUUCCUGCCCUUUCUCAUGCUUCUGGUGUUUCUUGCUGCAAGGAGAGCUUCCCUCUUUUGGGUUUAGUUCCCUCGUGCGCUCUUUAUUUCUUGAAAUUAUGUCGCCUUGUAAUUUUGUGAAGCAUCCCUUUCCUCUCAAUUAACUUGGUUUCAUGUCUGUUGUGUUAUCUCCUUUCAAACCAUCUUUUCGCGAUAAAUCUCCGUGCAUGUAAAACUUGUUUGCAUAUGUGUAGUAGGCUAGUUAUACCCACUUAAUAUUACCAGAAUGUUCCUGAGAUGUUCCCGAUCAGCUAAACUAGCCUACUAUACUGAACUCUCUCCACGCAUGAACUAGCUAGUCUCCUGCAUGUAUAGAUCUACACACUAUAUGCAUCCAACACCUAUAUUAAUUUCGUUGUAUCUUUCAAGGCUGGGAUCGUUUGCUCUACCAUGGGGAGGGGGAAGAUCGAGAUCAAGAGGAUCGAGAACACGACGAGCCGGCAGGUGACCUUCUGCAAGCGCAGGAACGGGCUGCUCAAGAAGGCCUAUGAGCUCUCCGUCCUCUGCGACGCUGAGAUCGCCUUGAUCGUCUUCUCCAGCCGUGGCCGCCUCUACGAAUAUGCUAGUAACAGCACGAGAUCGACGAUCGACAGGUACAAGAAGGCCUCUGCUAGCCCAUCUGGCUCGGCUCCCACUGUAGACGUCAAUUCUCAGCAAUACUUUCAGCAAGAAUCGGCAAAGCUGCGCAAUCAGAUACAGUCCUUGCAAAGUGCAAACAGGCACCUGGUGGGCGAAUCCGUGGGCAGUUUGACCCUGAAGGAGCUCAAGAGCCUUGAGAACAGGCUGGAGAAGGGCAUCGGCCGGAUCCGAUCCAAGAAGCAUGAGCUGCUGUUGGCGGAGAUCGAGUACAUGCAGAAAAUGGAAGCGGAUCUGCAGAGCGAGAACAUGUAUCUCCGAGCCAAGAUGGCGGAGGCGGAGCGGGUGGCGGCGACGGAGCUGGACGCGCUCCCGACGUUCGACGCGAGGAGCUACUACCAGCACCAGCAACUCCAGGUGAACAUGCAGCUGCACGAGGAGGCGGCUUCUUCCUCGCGCUACUCUUCCCAGCCACAGCACCAGGACCAGGCCACGGCGACCACCACGGCUCUUCACCUCGGCUACGAGAUGACCGGCCCCAAUUAACUAUCCAUCUCGGUUCCGCGGCGCGUCGGCUUCAGGCCGUCAGAUCGUUCGUUCGAUUUCUCUGGAAUGCUUUCGGUGCAGUACUGUUAAACAUUGCAUCGAUGUGCCUAGCUAGCUAUACUACUGUACUGUGAGGCUUGUGAUCGAGCAUAUAUAGCUAGCUACCUGAAUCAUAAAAGUACUGGUAUAUCAGCGCGUGUGAUGCUUGCUGUAGAAAUUAAGGGCACCUAGAGUGCAGUGUUGUGAAAAGUGUGAGCUGGCUUAGCCGGGCGGGUCCCUAAAAUAAGAGUGUUAUGAGUCUUUGGGAUUAUUUGCUACGUUUGGUGGCUCAGUUU